CACUUUAUCAGCCACCCCUUCCUCUCUGACCUCUCUCACAGCCUCCGAUACGACCUCGACGACGACGACAACAACAACAACAACAACAAGCACCCUACAGACCGCCAAGGCGCAUUCUACCACACCCAUCCAAAAAAAGAAAAAGAAGCAGUCCAGCAGUCCGAACGGCAUCAAAGACCACUAUAAAGAGCUAUUGCAAGACCCCACCAAACUACUCGACUACACAGACAUUGAAGAAACAGCAGAUCCGCUGCGAACGCAAAAAUUCAAAGACGUGCUCUCCGUGUCCAACGUGGAUCUGUCUGCUUUGCGCUCUCUCAGUUGGAGCGGCAUCCCUCAAGAACUCAGAAUGAUGGCCUGGCAGCUCCUUUUUGGCUAUCUUCCGUGCAAUUCUGCCCGAAGAGGCCAAACCCUCGCACGCAAACGAAAGGAAUACAGUGACAGUGUCGCCGUGACCUAUGCCAGAGGCAUCGCCGGACUCGACCAAGCCCUGUGGCACCAAAUUCACAUCGACAUUCCUCGCACCAAUCCCGGCAUUCCCUUGUAUCAAUGCGAAGCAACCCAGCAGUGUCUCGAGCGCAUCCUGUACAUCUGGGCCAUACGCCAUCCAGCCAGCGGCUACGUACAAGGCAUCAACGACUUGGUCACGCCCAUCUUUCAAGUCUUUUUAUCCGCUUACAUCGACAACGACGACGUCGACCGAGACAUCGAGCAGUACGACGUCGGCUCCUUGGACGAGGAGGUGCUCUCCGUCAUCGAAGCCGACAGCUUUUGGUGCUUGUCGAAACUCUUGGACGGUAUCCAGGACAACUACACCUUUGCCCAGCCCGGCAUCCAGAGGCAAAUCGUGACCUUGAAAGAACUCGUGUCGCGUAUUGACGCCCGUCUGGCUCAGCAUUUGCAAAAUGAAACCAUCGAGUUUAUCCAGUUUGCUUUUCGAUGGAUGAACUGCUUGUUGAUGCGUGAGCUGCCUCUGCGAGCCAUCAUCCGCAUGUGGGAUACCUAUCUCGCCGAGGGGAGUUCAGAGGGUUUUUCAGAAUUUCAUGUCUACGUCUGUGCCGCCUUUUUGGUGAAAUGGUCCCCUCAGUUGCAAAAACUGGAUUUUCAAGGUGUCAUGAUCUUUCUACAGCAAUUACCAACGCAAGGUUGGCAAGAAAAAGAUGUCGAAUUGCUGCUGUCCGAAGCUUACAUGUGGAAAACCUUGUUUCAUAAUGCACCCAGCCAUUUAAAAUAGUUUUUUUUUUUUUUUUUUUUUUU